AUGAAAGGCAAAAUAACCUUUGACCCAUCCCUGACUAUAAGAACAUGUCUAUUGGACUGUUUCAGAAUAUUCAGAAAUGACAAAAACACAAACUCACAACCUGCCCUCAGACUAGAAAAACCAACUAGAGGACUAAACCUCAUAGAUGAUAAAAUAACAAUCUUCACGGACAGAUCGUGCAUUAACAAUGGCAAAGCCAACGCAAAAUGUGAAAGCAGCAUAUGGGUAGCAGAAAACCAUGAAAAAAAUAAAGCAAUAAGAGUACUGGGUCCAUCACAAUCAAACCAAAUAGGAGAACUCACCACAAUACUAGUAGCCUUACAAAACACAGACCCCUUCAUCCCAAUCAACUUUAAAACAGACUCAAAAUACGUCAUUGAAGGACUCACAAAGAAUCUCAAAACCUGGGAAGACAAUGGCUGGACAAACAUCGAAAAUGCAGACACCUUUAAAGCAACUGCAUACCAACUAAGGAAGAGAUCAGCACAAACAACAUUCGAAUGGAUAAAAGGACACUCAGGAAAUGAAGGAAAUGAAGCCACAGACUCCCUAGCAAAGAGAGGAGCUGAAAAAGAAACAUGUGAUCAAAUCAACUUAGAAAUACCCACAGAAUUUGAUGUACAAGGAGCAAAACUCUCCAAAAUGACACAAACAUUAGCAUACCAAAACCUCAAAAACCAAUACCAAAUAAAACAGUGGAGAACAACAAAAAGAAACCUUGAAACAGCAAGAUAUGCAAUAAAAGAAAUAUCAAAUAACCUAGAAUCAGACAAAACAAUCUGGAAAGAAUGCAGAAGAAAAGACAUACAACGACCAAUACAACAAUUCCUAUAUAAAGCACUACACAGCACACACAAAGUGGGAGACUUCUGGUCAAACAUACCCCAAUAUGAACAAAGAGCAAAAUGCGCCAUCUGUCAUAAUGAAACAGAACCAAUGGCACAUAUACUAACAACAUGCUGUUCAAAUGAAAGAAGAAAAAUCUGGAAACUAAUAAAAGACAUAUGGCCCAAAAAAUACAGCCCAUGGCCAAGGAUAAUGAUAGGAACAAUACUGGGAUGCAGAUCAAUCCAUAUCAGCAAACAAAACAACAACAACACUGAAAACAUUACACCAACAAACAACAACAUACCAAACUCAAAACACAUACCAGGUGCAUCAAGACUCUUCCAAAUCUUAAUAUCUGAAUCUGCCCAUCUGAUCUGGGCCAUCGGGUGCGAAAGAAUAAUAGGAAACAAAAACAUAUCCAAUAAAACAAUCGAAACAAGAUGGACAAACAAAAUAAACAUGAGAAUAACAAUUGAUAGAACAAUCGCCAACAAAAUAGAUACAAACACACAAAAACUAGUCAAAACAACAUGGUCAGAAAUAAUAUCAUCAACAACGCAUAUCCCUGAAAAUUGGGUAACAAACCCAGAGGUUUUAGUGGGUAUUAAACCACCCAGGCCCUCUACUGAACAAGGUCACCAGGUGUAA